CUGGAAAGUAUCAGCUUGAUAAGAACUAGCUGAAAUGAGCAAAUAAUCUUUGGGAAAAAUUGAUUUGAUUAGUCCAUUGGUUUCCAUGGAGAGGGCGGGGCUUAUGGCCAGACACCAGACGGCGAUCCAAUGCUUCUUCGGCUUCAAUUAACUUUUUUUCAGACUUGUUAAACUCAUAUUUGGCUGGAAAAAAAAUAUAUAUAUUUAACUGAAAUUAGUUUAUUGUUAAGUAGAUGCAGUAGCGUUCGCAGACUUCAUUUUGAUCGUCACGUGUUGAUCGCGUUAUUUAGCGUUAACAGGCGUCUCUGCGUCACACGUGCUGACGUUAUCUGGCUGUCAGGACAGGACAGACAGCGGUGAUGGUGAGCGUCGUGCAGGGCUUGAUGUCGCGGCUGCUGUCGCCGCUGUGGCGCCGGGCUCAGGAGCACGAGGAGCGGCCAGAGGACCCGCGCUUUGACGGUGCGGCGCAGAUCCGGCAGGUGCGGACGGGUGUGGUGACGCAUCUGUGUGCGGAUUACGGCCUGAUCGAUCACGCCGUGUACUUCACAUCAGCAGUGGUGCUAGGAGGAGUGGUGCUGUGUGUGGGAGACUCGGUGCAGGCUCUGGCGGUGCGGGAAGGAGCCCACGGACAGUGGAGGGCCCUCAGGGUGGAGCGACACAAGGACGCCUGGGAGAGCGGCGGAUCCGAGGCGCUCGCGCUGGACACGGACAAACUCAGGCCUCUGAUUGGAACAGUGACGUCAUGUGAUAAAGACGGAGGAUACAUCAACCAGACGACGCAUUUCCCGCGAUCGGCUCUCUGUGAAGGGUUCGAGCCGGUGAAGGGUGACUGGGUUCUGGCGCAGUAUUUCGUCUGUCCGUCAGAAUGGAGCAGUCAGGCUCGAGCCGUUUCUCCUCUGAGAUAUCGCCGCAUGGACGGGGUGAGCGUGACCAUCCUGCACGGCCGCAGCGGUGUCGUGGAGGACAGCGUGUUCUUCAGUCUGGACGCUCUGAUCGUGCCGCCGGGCUUCAGACCCGCUCGAGGCGACGUGGUGAAUGUGGUGGUGGUGGAGAGCAGUCAGUCGCUGUACUGCUGGAGAGCUCUGUGUAUGACGCCCGUCCAGCACAGUGGAAGCGCCGCGGAGCUGAAAAUGCCAGACGAUGAGGUGCAGAGGCUGCUGGAGGAUAAGGGUGGGCUCCAGGUCAGCCGGGAGAGCCACUUCGGGUCUCUGUUCCUGGGAAACCGCAAGGAGCUGCAGAUCUGGAUCCAAAACAGCAGCUCUGAGCGCCAGCGGCUGAAGUGCUGUGAGUUUGCCGGAUGGGACUCGGCUCAGCAGUUCUGCCUCAGAUCUGUGUCUCUGAAGAACAGCCCGGCGGAGCCCGGCGAGGAAGAGGACGGUGCUGAUGAAGAGUCGGUGCAGACGCUGGAGAUGGAGCCCGGGGAGAGAGCGUCGGUGACCGUCUGCUGUCAGGCCAGGACUCUGGGUCGCUCAGCCGAGCUGCUGCUCCUGCACUUCUCCUCCUUCACCAUCGGGAGGCGUCUGGAGGUGUCUGUGAGCAGCGUGGAGGAGAGUCUGCUCAAACCCAGCGUCCCGUACUCCGGUCUAACAGCUCCGCCGCCGCCGCGGCAGCCCCUGCAGGUGCUCACGGUCACGGCCCCGCCGGCCCCCAUCAGACUUGCACGGCGGCAUCUUCCAAACUUCUUGGGGAACUACAGUGUGCCGCAGGCUCUCAGAGAUUGUGUGGAGGGUCAGAGGGACGUGUUGAUCGCACAGCCGGCUCUGGCGGAGCCCUUGAGCCUGUCGUGGAUGCUACCGCGUUUCUCAGCUCUGCUGUGGCUGGAGGAGCUGCAGGCCGAGAGGGAGGUCCGAGAGUUCAGUCUCACCGCCGCCAUCCUCAGGAAAGGAGCCGUGUAUCUACACCUGGAGGUGCCUGGCCUCGCCGAGGGCCGGCCGAGCCUCUUCAUCGGUGAUAAAGUUGUUCUGAAGAAGCCCUGUAGUGGAGGAACUGUUAUUGAGUACAUCUCCUAUGUCACAGAGAUCAGCGACGAGGACGUGAGUUUACGAGUGAAUGCUGAUUUCCAGAACAACUACCUCGGGGAACCUCUGGACGUGGAGUUCACCUUCAACAGGCUGACCAUGAGGAGGUGCCACUGCGCUCUGGAGCAGAUCAAACAUUUUGGAGACAACAUUUUGUUUCCCAGCAUGCCCUUGCUGCAGCCGCCCCAGUGGAACGGAGAGUGGAGGGAAGAGGAUCUUCAAGAGGAGGAGAAUGAUGAAACCCAGAAAACAGACGGCUCAUUGACGCUGACUGCAGAGAUGGUGUCUGUGGCCACACAAACUAAAACAGAUUUGACAAUGACAGCGAAGCGCAUCCCGAACCCUGGCCAGUUCUUCAACGCUCAGCUGAAUCCUGCGCAGAAAGGGGCGGUCAAGCGGAUCCUGAGCGGCGAAUGCCGUCCCACGCCAUACGUUCUGUUUGGGCCUCCUGGCACCGGCAAAACCAUCACUCUCAUAGAGGCCAUACUACAGGUGCAUCACCGCAUCCCCUGCAGUCGUGUGCUGGUGUGCACGCCCUCCAACAGCGCGGCGGACCUCGUCUGCAUGCGUCUGCAUCAGAGCGGAUUCCUGCACGCCGCCAGUCUGGCUCGAGUCAACGCCACCUGCAGGCCAGAAGAGUCUAUGCCGGAGGAGCUGCGUCAGUACGCCAGAGCUGGAGAAGAUAUUCGUCACGCCAGCUUCCAUCGGAUCGUGGUUUCCACUUGUUCCAGCGCUGGGAUGUUCUACCAGAUCGGUCUGCGUGUUGGUCAUUUUACGCAUGUGUUUGUGGAUGAGGCCGGUCAGGCCACUGAACCCGAGUCGCUGAUUCCUCUGAGUUUACUGUCUGAGAGCAGCGGUCAGAUCGUGCUGGCCGGAGACCCGAAGCAGCUGGGGCCGGUGGUGAAGUCGAAGCUGGCCGCUGUGUUUGGACUCGGCGUGUCUCUGCUGGAGAGACUGAUGGGAACGCCGCUCUACAGCUGCAGCGAGGGAGGAUACAACCCCCUGCUGGUGACGAAGCUGGUGUAUAACUACCGCUCGCACGAGGCUCUGCUGGAGCUGCCGUCGCGUCUGUUUUACGCCGGAGAGCUGUGCGUUCGCUCUCAGAGGGCCGUCGUGGACGCGCUCUGCCACUGGAACAGGCUUCCCACUAAGGGCUUCCCCUUCGUUUUUCACGGCGUCCGGGGGACUGAGAUGAGAGAGGGCACUAAUCCGUCGUGGUUCAAUCCCUCUGAAGCUGUGCAAGUCAUGAUGUACUGCUGCCAGCUCGCGAAGAGACUCUACAACCCCAUCGCAGCCGCAGACAUCGGCGUCAUCGCUCCGUAUAAGAAACAGGUGGAGAAGAUCCGUGUGCUGCUGCACAGAGUGGGUCUGGGAGAGGUCAAGGUGGGGUCGGUGGAGGAGUUCCAGGGCCAGGAGUUCCUCAUCAUCAUCAUAUCUACAGUCCGAUCCAACGAGUCCUUGCUGAGCGAAGAACUGCAAAGUCUGCUGGGAUUCCUCUCCAACCCCAAGCGGUUCAAUGUUGCCAUCACACGAGCCAAAGCGCUGCUCAUCGUGAUCGGAAACCCACACGUUUUAAUCAAGCCCCUGACAGACUCUGCGCUGUGUUUCUUCUUCAUGCGUGUGUCUGGGAUCAGGACCCGUGUUUCAGCGCUCUGCUGCAGUACUCGUAUGAUAACAGAGCGUUCCUGGGCUGUGAUCCUCCGGUCAGUCUGCAGGCCUCGCGAAGGAUUCUCUCUGAAGAAACUUAGAAAUGUCUUGGAUCAGCACAGUGUUGCAAUGAUUGUUUAUUCCAUGAUUGUUCUGUUAAAUAAAAAAUGAUUCUGUCAUCUAGCCACUUUUUUGAUUAUUAGCGUCUGAAGAGCUGGACACUGGAUCUGCACAAUCAGACCAACAGAAGUGUGCUUCUACUUCCAGCACUUAAAACUUUUGUGUUCCUUGAAAUGUGUUACAGAAGAUUAAAAAACUAAUUUCAGCAAGCGUUCUGAUUUUAAGUGUUCUUGGCACUGGAUUUCAUGUGUUUGAGCUUGAGAUUCACAUUAGCAUGACUCUGAAUGCAUCUGAAGUAACUAAAAACUCUACAUUAACAUGCAUCCACCAGCCUGUCAUGUUAAAGUGAUGUAAAGCUUUACUAUUACAUGAUUAAAAUUAAACGUGUACGUUUAUAUACGUCAACAUUAGCAAACGAUGAAUAGUUGCAUUUUAUCUCUGAACACUUUUUUUUUAUUUUUUCCAAAAGCAAAGAAUAAACUUUGAAUUAAAAUCAUGAAUUUCUUUCUGCUGUGAAACACUCUUAUAGAUGACAAUUUUGGCAAGUAUUUCUUCAACUUGUUAUGCACAGUUUGAUCAUUUCCAUGCUGUUCUGUCAUUCUCACAUACAUUAAAUCAG